AUGGCUCCCGUCCAGAACAAGACACUCAUCUUCAAAGAGAUCCCCACCGCCGCCCCGGUCCCGGGCGAGCACCUGGUCCUCGAAGACCGCGGCUUCGACCCCGAGGCCGCUCCCCCGCAGGGCGGCCUCACCCUCUCCAUCCUCUAUGCCUCCUUCGACCCCUACAUGCGGGGGCGCAUGCGCCCAGCACACGUCGAGUCCUACGUCCCGGCGUUCGAGCUCAACGGGCCCGUGACCAGCCACUGCGUGGCGUGCGUCAUCAAGUCCGACACGGACGCGUACCAGCCCGGCGAUCUGCUGGUUGGUAUGCUGCCAAUCGGCGAGUAUACCGUGCUUGAUCGGGAGGGCGUCAAGAUGAUUUCUCGCAAGGUGGACACCAAGUACGGGCUGAAGGACUUGGGGCUGUUUAUCGGUCCGCUGGGGAUGACCGGUCUCACGGCGUGGAGCGCGCUGUAUGAGAUUGGCCAGCCCAAGAAGGGCGAGACGAUCUUCAUAAGCAGCGCGGCUGGUGCUGUUGGGCAGGUGGCGGGGCAGAUCGCGAAGCGGCAGGGGCUGAAGGUCAUUGGGAGUGUGGGGAGCGAUGACAAGUUGGAGUUUAUCAUCAAUGAAUUGGGGUUCGAUAGCGGGUUCAACUAUAAGAAGGAGAAACCCAGGGAUGCGCUCAAGAGGCUGGCGCCUGAGGGCCUGGAUAUCUAUUAUGAGAACGUCGGCGGGGAGCAGCUGGAGGCGGCGCUAGAUUCGAUGAACAACUGGGGCAGGAUUGUGGUCUGCGGCAUGAUCUCGCAGUACAAUAUUUCCGAGCAGGAUCGUUAUGGCGUCAAGAACCUGUUCCACGUCGUGUCCAAGCGGCUGACAAUGCGUGGCUUCAUCGUUUCCGACUUCGCGGACAAGUACGGGAAGGACCACCAGGAGAGAUUGUCGCAGUGGCUGGUUGAGGGAAGCGUCAAGGCCAAGCUGAGCGUCACGGACGGCAUGGACAAUGCUAUUGACGGGCUGGUUGGCAUGCUGGAGGGCAAGAACUUUGGCAAGGCCGUGCUCAAGAUCAAGGAUGAGUAG